CAACUUCUGUGAACCAGGACGAAAUGAAAUUCCGCCAGAGGCUUAGCUCGGACCAGAUUCUGAUUCGAGAUGAAAGUAGAGCUUCGUUACCUGAUUCGGCGAUUGCGAAACCACCACCGCCGGCCCCUCAGGAGCGCCCGUUUUUUGCGUUUCUUGCAUACAGCGAGCCAGAGGAUCACUCUCGCGCUGGAGACGACAGACAUGCAGACCCGAGUGACGCAAAUAACGGUCUAGGCAGCACUAAUGAAGCCCCUAGCGCUAGCGAUACCUGCGUGAACUUCGAAGGCGACGCUGUGUUGCGAGAAGAUGAAGCGCACGUGGCAGACGAAUGGGCCACAAUUGUUCAGUCCGAGCCUUUUUCCACUCUACCCAGGCGGCUGCCACUCUCCUCGCCCUCCACAAAAAGUGGGCCGUCUCCGCUCUUCGUGUUUGCGCCUGAAACUCCGCACAGCCGCUCUAUCCGGCACCACUCCGCUGACCGGCUAAUGCGACCGGCGGCUCUAGGGGCGCGGUCAAAAGCGUCGUCAUCCUCGCGCUCACCGCCACCAGCCAGGAUGGAGAUAUCCAACACUUACGCGUGGGGCUCUGCGACAACACAGAGCUUAUUUUCGCUGGGG